AUGUCUCUUCUCCCCUCCUCUCCACCGCUUGUACCCUCCUCUCCCCCGCUUCUUCCCCAGCUCGAAGAUGACUUGCCGCUGGACGAAGAUACCGCCGCAGCGGACGAGCUCCCCCUUCCCAUCCGCCCGAGCAGCAGCAACAAAGAUGCUGCGCGCAAGCUGCACCUCAAACGCCAAUUCUCCGACUACGGCAGUCAAAUCAGCAGCGAUCCGCUGUUCUCCGAAGGUCCAUCAGAUGUCGAAGAGGAGGGCAGUGAUCGACGGCGGAGGAAGAAGCACUUUGUUGGCCCUUGGUAUAAUUUGCGGCGCACGUCGACGCAGAGUUUGCUGAAGAGUAUGGCGCGGAGAGAGCAGUUGAGGAAUGCGGAUAGUGGGGUUUUCAUGGGGAGUGAUGAGACGGAGUCGACGUUUGAUGACUUGCCUUCGAGUCCGCGGAAUGAGAUUGGGGAGUUUGUUGAGCGAGAUCCGUUCCCGACUCAGAUUCGCCCUCGAGCCUUGCCUACACCUUCCUCUGAACAUCGCGCGGCUAGGGUCAUUCAAGAGUGCUUGGACGUAGGGAGAGAAACGAUCGAUUUGCAUGGUCUCGGCUUGGCCGAAAUCACUAACCAAGCCCUUCGUCCGCUUCAUCAACUCAUCAAACAUUCACAUGUCGACCUUACACGACCCCCUAGCGAAGACACGUUUCGCCCACUGACCCCAUCCAUCCAACUUUUCCUCUCCGGCAACAAACUCACCUCACUCCCCUCCGAACUCUUUCGCUUGAUCAACAUCACCGUCCUCAGCCUGCGCAACAACCACUUUUCCGAGAUUCCUGCGAGUAUCGCCAAACUCCCACAUCUUGUCGAAAUGAACAUUGCGCAGAACAAUGUCCGUUGGCUGCCCUGGGUGUUCUUGGAUCUAAUGCACUCCCGUGGCGGCACUCCAAGACGCAACAUUACUCUCCGCCCGAAUCCCCUCAUCAUGCCCCUCUCAAACUUCACGGGACCUUCGCCGCUUCCUCGCCCCUCCUUCACUCCAGGUGAAUUCAAAGAGCACCUCAGUCGGUGGGGCGAGACAAACGGUGCCUUCUUCCAGCAGAUGAAGCAAUGGUAUCGCGAGGAUGACGUGCCCUGGACGAUGCGCCAUGAGCUGGAACUACGCCUCAAACUCAGUCGUCUCCGCUUGAAUCGUUGGCUGACAGAAGCCUCGCGAGCAGGCGUCGAACUGCAGCAGCGAGAUGAACAGCUGCUAUACGUCGCGAGCUCCGCCGUGCGCUUCUUCGACGUCGACGGUUCGCUCCACCGCACAGCAAACCACGCGCAGGUAGAGACACACGACGCAGACGAACUCUUUGCCGCAACUGUGGAUCCCCUCGAAAAUGCACCACCGAAACCCUCAUCGGCCCUUCCAUCUCUCUACGAACUCGCUCUCCGCUCCCUCCAAUCAACCUUUACAACGCAAGACUUCACCAACCUCUACGCCCAACUUCCCGCCAACAUGACCUCCACCCUCCGCAAAGCCUUCGAAGCAACCCCGAGCAGUGGUGGCGGAGGCAACGAGGCAUGCGCCGUGUGCGGUUCGCGGUAUAUUGUUCCUCGCGCGGAAUGGAUUGAGUACUGGUUCCAUGGCUACCCGGCGCAGGAAUAUUUGACGCCCGAGACGGUUUUGCCUUUUCUGAGGAGAGUUUGUAGUUGGCGGUGUGCUGUGCCUAGUGAGCUGGGUGCGUUUAAGAAUUGA